ACACCAGGAAUGGUUUAAUAUUAUAGUCAAAUCCAAAACAACACCCUUUUCACACUAUCUUUUUCUUCUCAACAUGGCUUCCAAUAUUUAGUACUUACUUCGUUAGGCUGAACUUUGUUCGGUAAACUAAGGUGACCAAGCCAGCAGCUGCCGUGUGUAAAACUUCUCUUAAACACUUUCUUUCUUCUUUCUCCUUUCACUCUCUGAAGUCUCUACUUUUGGAGGCAAAUGGUGCUGGUCCUCUUCGGAAUCUUGACCCAAAGGGGACUGCCAACAUCUCACUUCUGUUAGAUCAAAAGUUUCCUUUUUGCACCAACCGGAGUCCAGUCAGCAGCCAUGAAGUGUUUUACAUUCUCCUAUGGAGAGAAAAAAGAAGAGCCAAAAGGCUUGCGAUCAACAUCGGGCCGGUCAGAGAAUUCCACGAAUGGUGAUAUUAGAAGAUCUGGUUCUGAGUUAAAUUCUCAGGAAGUUUCAGACAAUGGCAGCACAGAAUCUCUCAGGAGGAAUGCAAUACCCAGUUUGUCCCAGAGGUCCAGCAACCUUAGAGUGUUUACUGUUUCUGAACUGAAAUCAGCCACAAGGAAUUUCAGUCGCUCUGUUAUGAUUGGAGAGGGCGGCUUUGGGUGUGUCUACCUGGGAUUGAUUAAAAGUGUGGAGGUCCCCUCUGGAAGAAUUGAAGUUGCUGUUAAACAGCUUAGUAAAAGGGGAAUGCAGGGGCACAGGGAAUGGGUGACAGAAGUGAAUGUUCUCGGUGUUGUUGAGCAUCCGAAUCUUGUGAAACUAGUGGGUUAUUGUGCAGAAGAUGAUGAAAGAGGAAUCCAGCGGCUUCUGAUUUAUGAAUACAUGCCUAACAGAAGUGUGGAACACCAUUUAUCCCAUCGAUCAGAGGCUCCUCUCUCAUGGAGUAGGAGAUUGAAAAUAGCACGAGAUGCAGCUCGUGGAUUAACAUACCUGCAUGAAGAAAUGGGUUUUCAGAUAAUUUUCAGAGAUUUCAAAUCUUCAAAUAUCCUUUUGGAUGAACAAUGGAAUGCAAAGCUCUCAGACUUUGGGUUGGCAAGGUUGGGACCAUCGGAUGGACUGACUCAUGUCUCAACGGCGGUUGUGGGAACAAUGGGAUAUGCAUCUCCAGAAUAUGUUCAAACUGGACGUCUAACAUCAAAGAAUGACGUGUGGAGCUACGGAGUCUUCCUUUAUGAACUCAUCACCGGUAGGCGCCCUAUAGAUCGAAAUCGCCCCAGGGGUGAGCAGAAGCUCUUGGAAUGGAUAAGGCCAUACCUAUCAGAUGGGAGGAAAUUUCAACUAAUAUUAGACCCAAGACUUGAUAAGAAACAAAUCUUCAAAUCAGCCCAUAGACUUUCUAUGAUAGCAAACCGAUGCUUGGUAAAAAAUCCAAAGAAUCGCCCGAAGAUGAGUGAGGUAUUGGAAAUGGUGAAUGGGAUGUUAGAAUCUUCCUCAUCCUGUUCCAGUCCACCAUUGCCCUUGAGGAGUGUGGCAAGAGUGGAAACUUCCCAGGAUACUGAAACAAAUAACAAGAAACGGACCAUGGAUCAGAAGCAUGGAGAAAGUAAUUGGUUUGCUAGGAUGUGGAGACCAAAGCUUGACAUGCAGGUCACGAAUAAGCUAGAGCUGGAAGUUUCAUGUCAAUGGGUAUAGCUGUUUAUGAACUCAUUACAAAGAGAGACUAUUGAGGAAAAGAAGACUUCAUAUCUGGAAGCAUGCUAUGAUUGGUGAAGAACUGAUGCAUAUUUUACAGUGGCAUGUUGUGACAGAAAAUGUGCAGCCUUUUUAUCUGAUCUAAGAGAUGUGUAUAAAUCUGGCAUGUGGGAGCAUAUGGGUGGUGCUUCUGUCUUGUCAUGGCAAUUGAGGAAAUUGAUUAUGAAUCUCAUGGGAGACUAUAGGUUUCCAUGGAAGACACUGUAGGCAUCUUGGCUGACACUAGUGCUGCUUCUAUCUGUUUUACUUUUCGGAGAAAUCAUAAUUGCUGGAAAGUAACCACUCAAUAGAAAAUGGUUGUAAAAGUCUAGCUAUAGUCUUAAACAAAUCUUCAUCAAGAUAUUCUGGUUUUACUACUUCCAUCAGAGUUCUCCACAGAUUUUGCAGGGUCCUACAUGCAUAAACAGAUUUCAUCUUUAACGUUGUUCUCAACACAAUAUAUACACAUUUCCAUAAUAAAUGUAUAAACAGUAGAAUUGAGUAAAGUCUUGGCACCAAUUG